ACAACAACAACAACAAAAAUGUCACCUGAAAAAUUUAAAAUGAAGAAGAAGAGGCCUGACAACAAAUGCAUUCCUCCACGGAACUGCUUAUUUUGAGUAUUUACUAGUUUAAUUGUCGUGCCUCUCUUAUUCACAUAAAGGUUUUGUAGUUUCAGUGGGAAAGCUACUUUAAUCCCAUCUUUGUCAUUCAGUUACUUCUAAAACUAGCCAGCUGUGGCUGUGCAGCUAGCUACCUGGCUAACAGCAGCUAGCAGCAGCAACUCUUCAACGCCGGUGUGAGAAGAUGGACUCAAGUGCCUUCACGGCCGCUUCCAAAGGUGAACUCUUACCUCAAGUGUCGCUGCGCCUCCUCGUCCCACCUUUCCAGCUUAUGGCAGCCUCCAUGUGGCAUGUAGUGAAGAAACAAGAUGUCAUGAACUACUGGAAAGUGGCAGAGUUUGUCUCUUUGGUGAUGGACAUGGUCCCAGAGCUGCUAAUGUACAAGCACAGGACGCAGCUGAACCUGGGAUUAAGAGCCAGGUAUAUUCUUGAGUUGUGCCGAAGUGAACAGUUUAUGGAACCUGACUUCAUUCUGUCCCAUCUGGACCAGAUUAAACCACGACUCCCCACUCUGGUGAAAGAAUCACAAGAGGAGGAAGUUGUGCUUCACUUUCUUGAGUUGAUCCAGAAUCUGCUCAAAGAUCCUGAAGAGAGACGAGACUUUUUCUCGGACGUCUUCCCGGCUGAGUUUGGACCUCAGUACGACAGUGAUCUGCAGAUGCUGUUUUCAGAGUUCCUCUGUCGGCUGGCUCAGCUGUUGCCAGUUCCUGACCUUGAGCAGACUGUUUCCUGGCUCGGAGCUGAAGGCUCCGUGUUGGAGGAUUGUGUGCGUUCAGUCUCUGAGCCAACAGACCUAAAGUAUUUGCUCCAGCACCACAGACAGCUUGGGCAUUUGGAGCAGCAUGUUCCACCUUCCAGCAUGGGUGACAGCAUCCUGUCCUCCCUCUCUGCAGCUCCCCCCAGCAGAGCGGCAAAACCUACAGAACAACCCAACCAAUCGGAUCCACUGCAAGGCCUCAGUGAUGACGCACACACUGUAUCAUUCGUGGAUGACGUAUCCGUUGAAAUAAUCACAGUGACAGAUUACGCAGAGGUUGAAUUAGACACAAGCGACGACAUCAAGGUGGUGAUGGGAGAAAACUGCUUUGAAGGACCCGACACUGAUUUGCUGGUAGUGCUUCCUGAAGAGAUGACCACGGAAGAAGAAGUGGGUGAAGCAGAGGAAGACGCCGCACAAGAUAAAGAAGCAAGUGGUUUGGCAAACAUCAUCCAUCCAGAGGUUAACAACAACGACUCCCAACAGAAAGUCUCUGCUGGACUUCAUGACUGCCCGGACUGCGAGAAGAAAUUUAAGUUUGCUUCUUCGCUAAUCGCCCACAGGGUCAUCCACACCGGCGAACGCCCCCACCGGUGCAAUGACUGUGGGCGCUGCUUCUCUUUCAGGCAGUCGCUCGACAGGCACAGACAUACGCACAAAACUGGACGCAAGUACAACUGCGUUAUCUGCCGGGAGACCUUCCACUCCUUGUCAGCCCGCACAGAGCACAAGCAAACACACAUGGAAGACGGCGUUUACACGUGUCAUCAGUGCAACAAGACAUUUAACUGGGAGCUGGCACUUGCGAGGCACCUAAAAACUCACACUGAUGAUCACAAGCCUACCGAAGGCCACGAGGAGGUGUCAGGGGAGGAACAUGUCAGCGAGACUCCUGCUGCACCAGACGGCCAGCUGCAGACGGAUGAUCCUGAUGAUCCUGAUGAUCCUGGGAAUGCAGAGGUUCAGAGAGGUGAGCGUCUCACCUCUGAGUCUGGAGGCACGGUCCCUGUAAUGGACAGUCAAGUCAUUUCCCUGGUGAAGGUCCGCACAAGUGAGCGUAAACGCAAACCAACCAUGAAGAUCCAGGUGAUAAAUUUACAGAAGCACAUGGCCACUAAAAGAAGGACGGAGAUCAGUAAGGCCAAGCCCCGAGAGCUGAAGCCUUUCAAUUGUGCAGAGCACUCUUACGGGUCGCCCAUGGUCUCAUCCAAGGACGGUGAUGAGAAAGGUUCUGCAGCCGACGUCCCCUGUCCUGAGUGCUCCUUCCACCACUCAGAAGAAGCAGAGGUCCAGCAGCACAUUGACAAGGUCCACUUUGUGGAGGCUGAGGAAGACGAGCUGUGCUUUCAGCCCCUCACAGAUGAAGAGGGACGUUUUAGUUGUCCAGACUGUGAGAAGAGCUUCAAGUUCCAAUCGUUGCUUAAAGCCCACCAGCGCAUCCACACAGGCGAGCAGCCCUUCCUGUGUUCUCAGUGCGGACGCCGCUUCUCCUUCAAACAGUCCCUGGAGAGGCACAAGCAGACGCACAAGUCCGGGCGCAAGUACGAGUGCCUGAUAUGCGGGGAGGUCUUCAAGUCCCUGGUGGCUCAGAGGGAGCACAAGAGCACCCACAUGGAGAACGGAGAGUACCUGUGUUCGGAGUGUGGCCGGGCGUUCGCCUGGAAGUCUGCACUGGUGAGACACCUGAAGACGCACGGCGAGGAGGCCAUCAAGGUGGAGCGCUCUUACAAAUGCCCUCGCUGUGACCUGGGCUUCAGCUGUGCCAGCUACCUCAACCGGCACCUCCAGACUCACCAAGAGGAAAGAGUGCACACCUGCAACUGUGGAAAGAGCUUCGCCUACCGGGCAGCUCUCACUGCACAUCAACGCAUCCAUCAAAAGGAGCGGCCGCACAUAUGUACGCAGUGCGGCAAGGGAUUCCUCUACAAGGGGGGCUUGUUGAGCCACAUGAAGAUCCACUCAGAGGAAAUGCCCUUCAUGUGUUCCUUCUGUGGUAAAAGCUUCAAGAGGGAGCGCAACAUGAAGAAGCACGAGCGCUGCCACACCAGGGAAAACGUCUUCAGCUGCUCGCAGUGCGACAAGAGUUUUGUCUACAAGGCGACUUUGAUCAGACACGAGCUGACUCAUUCAGGCGAGAGGCCGUUCCUCUGCUCCGACUGUGGGAAGGGCUUCUUUUCCCACGCUGAGCUGCUAAAGCACGAGCGUUUCCACACGGGCCACAAGCCCUUCCAGUGCCCCCACUGUGGCAAGAAGUUCACUCAGUCUUGCUACCUCACCAUCCACCUGCGCUACCACACCGGAGUCCGGCCGUACUCGUGCACAGAUUGUGACAAGAGCUUCCUCAGUGCCAACCGGCUGAAGAGACACCAGCGGACACAUUCAGGGGAAAAACCGUACGUCUGUGUGGAAUGUGGGAAGGGAUUCAGGCAGUCGUAUAAUCUCAAAAUGCAUCAACGAACACAUAGCAUGAAGUUAAAAUAGUCAAGACUUUACUGAUCUGACGUGUAAAUCGUAUAAAUGAUGUUAGAGUGGGACAAAAGCAACUAGCUGGAUUAUUGGGACUUUAUUUUGCAUGCAAUUGCACUGAACUGCAUCAGGUUCACGUUGAAUGUUUUCCUGGUUGUUAGGAUUAAAGUACAGAGCCGAGGAAUGUGUGUCUUCUCAAAUGAUGUUGACUCGGUCUUCAAAUAAUGAACAGAAAAAGGUUUUUACAUAAAUCCAAUCUUUAUUGUGGGCAUGUUUUACAACAGAACAUUUAACACUGCUUUGGAAAAGAAGCUUUAAACAUUUUUGUGCUAGAACAAGAUUUCAGAGUAACACAAACAUAGUGCAGACUCGUCUCCGGUCAGUAGUACAGGUUGCGGCUCCACCGCCUGGUCCCGCUCCACUUACACAACUUUGUUUUCCACCGGAUAUUACCAACUCCAUUGGAAGGUGUGGAGUACGGCGUAGUUUUGCCAGCUUCCUUGUUUUAAAUCUG